UAUUAUGUGUAUGUAUAUAGCAUUUUAUUCCACACAGAAUACUUUUAUGUUUACAAUGUUACCAUACCUGCUGCUGCUACACACACUUUUCUAUCUAUCUAUCUAGUUAGCUUAACUUAUUAAACAAGGAAAUUUAACUUUAUUUAAUUUCAGUAAUUGUCAAUACAAGUACACAUAUUUGCUGCAUCAGGGAUGUGGAAUUAUUAGAAUUGUCAUACAUUGUCAUGCCCUUAAAAUGAACUUGAUACAUAUUGUUGCCAUUGUGUUUAUUUGGGAUUUGCACCUUGUUGAUAUUUGAUAUGUUGUAUUCUAUAUUUGCACUAAAUAUUUGUCAUCUCUCCUUCUUGGUUUUGCAACAGCUAAUCUGAAAUUUCUUAUAUUAUUUGAUAUAUGGCUUAUGUAAAAAAUGCAGGGGGGAUCGAGGGUUUCAAUCAGUGGUUGUUUUUCCUUUUUUAUCCAACCAUCGGUCUAAAACUCAUUCAGUUGUUUCUCUAAUAAGACAAAUAUUAACUAACAAUAAAUCUAUGAUUGAAAUAUUGGUUGACUGUUAGUUUUGUUGAUAAUAAUUGAAUAAUUUGAUUAAUAGCUUAGUCCAUCAACUCUAAGAAAAUAUACAAAUUAGGAAUUUUUGCUGUUUUAAAUAGAUUUUUUUUAAAUGAGUUGCUGGUUGCAGUCCUGAUUUAAACGGUCACUAUGAAUUGUGUAUUGGUUACAAAUAGGAAGUAAAGUGUCUUUGUAUCGAUGGAGUAUAAUGUACCUGUGUCACAUUCGGCAGCAGCAGACUGCAGUGAAACCAGAAAGAUGCCUUCAGCAGAGAGCCACCAUGCGCUGCAGGUCCUGUCCUCCCUAAACCAGCAGAGGGCAGUAGGGAGGUUUUGUGAUGCAGCGUUGCAUGUAGGAGAUGGGGCAGUCCACUUGGCACAUCGCAACAUCCUCGCCUGUUUCAGUGAACUGUUCCAACAGUCCAACGUGCCCACUCCGCCGUGCGGGGAGUUCGUCCUGGAGGAAUGUCCCAACGACGGCCUGGAGCUGCUCCUGAACUUUGUCUACACCGGAGAGCUCAAGUUGGACCCUGACAACCUCGAGAAGGUGCAGGACGCAGCGGUCAGCCUGUGUGUGCCAGAAGCACUCGCACUCUGCAAGCAGUUCAAGGAAAAAUCCGCGGCUCCCGUGCUUUUGAGGCGCAAAAGGGGCAGGCCUAGAAAGUCCACAUCAGAACCGACCCCUCAUGGUUCAGCCAAAGAAGAGAACUCGCCGGCUGUCACGAAAGAUGAGUCCCGCUUUAAUGUUGCCACAGGCAACUGUAGCAUGGACGCCACCACCCCCACCACCACCACACGCUUUGGUCGUGUGGUGAAGGGCCCCAGGCGACUGGUGACUGUCGACGGCCCCACCGAGGAUUUUACAGCCCCUGCAAAGAUCUGCAAGAAGGCUCAUCCUGCUGCCAUGAAGAAUGAGCGUGAUGAUGGUGUUGAGGUCCCAGAUCAGCCAAAUGGUGAAACUGAGAUAAAUGACUUGCAGAUUGACGUGAAUGAUAACGCCGUCAGCCCGGUGCUGGAGGGAGGUGAAGAAGAAGAAGAAGAAGAGGACGACGUGGUGGAGGGGAUCACUGAAGACACAGACGAGGAGUACGUGCCCGUUGAGGAGCCCGUUUCCUCAGUGCCGUCAACGUCGGCGGCACGGAAGUGCAAAGUCCAGAGUAGAACAGACCACUUGGCGUCCUCUUCCACUUUGGAGGAGGACUCCAAGAAGGACUCUGUGCAGUGUCCCAUCUGCGACAAAUCCUUCAAGAGCAAAUACUAUCUCAAGGUCCACAACAGGCGGCAUACUGGGGAGAGGCCCUUUGGCUGCCCUAAGUGUGGAAAGAGGUACUUCAGGAAGGAGAAUCUUUUGCUGCACGAGACCAGAGACUGUGCUAAAGUACAGACGUACACCUGCGUCACAUGCUCCUCAACGUUCGAUGGGAAAGAAGAGCUCCGUCUGCACGUCGUGUCUCACACAGGAGAUAUGCCGCACAAGUGUUCAAUAUGUCCUGAACAGUUUAUGCACAAGAAGAACUUGACAAGUCACAUGAUGAAGGUCCAUGGCUAUCCCAAACCCCAUGCAUGUCCCCAGUGCCCCAAAACCUUCUUAACCCGGACAGAGCAGCGCGUGCACGAAGCAGCCAAACAUCGAGGCGAGAAGCCAUUUGUGUGCGAGGAGUGUGGCCAUCGAGCAUCAAGUCGAAACGGCCUGAAGAUGCACAUUAAAGCCAUCCACAGAAAUGAGCGUCCUUUUGUAUGCAACGUAUGUGACCAUGCGUUCUCCCAGAAGAACAACCUCAACAUGCAUUUGCGUAUCCACAGUGGCGAGAAGCCCUACCAGUGUCACAUGUGUGGCAAAACCUUCAGGACGCAAGCCAGUCUAGACAAACACCACCGGACACACACCGGCGAGCGCCCCUUCAGCUGUGAUGUUUGUGAGCAGCGCUUCACGGAGAAAGGCGCCCUCAUCCGCCACAAGGCCAGCAAACACGAGGAGGGCCGCCCCCACUGCUGUCACAUUUGUUGCAAGACCUUCAAAGCGAGGGAGCAACUCCGCGUCCACCUGCGUCGCCACAAGGGCAUGAGGAAGUUUGAGUGCAUCGACUGCGGCUACAAGUUUACUCGACAGGCCCACUUACGACGACACAUUCAAAUCCACAAACGCACGGAGAACUACAACCCGCGGCAGAGAAAGCUGAGGAACGUCAUCGUGAAGGAAACGGCCGGCGAGAACGAAGCGCAAGAGGCGUCGGCCACCGACCAACGGGAACCCACGAACGCAGGGCCCGACUCCGGCGACGCAGCGAGGGAGAUGAUGGAGUCUAGCGCCGCCGUCACAGAGGAGGAGGCGGCGGCGGCGGUCUCCGACCAGAGCCUGGGACGCGUCGAGGCUGCGGAGACUUUCUCUGGAGCAGAAGUCCUGCAGCGGACGCAUGAGGACACCGAGGCGUACGAGUCCACCGCGGGUCUGGAGGAGAUGGUGGAGAGUAGGCCAGAGGAGACUCAGACGUCCUGAGCGUGUGGAAACCACUCAGGAGUGGAAGCUACUGUGAGGACCACGUCCUCAAUGAGGAGCACCUAAAAUGUGAUGGUGACGUUGGGCUACUGUCAUGAUCCUCAUGCUUGUAGUUAACUGUAAAUGGACUGCAUGCGUGUGAAGGAUGUUUAAAUGGGAAACCGUCUGUUAUGGUUUGUUUGAUUAAGCCCCCAUUUAAUCAAUAUGGCUUCUGCUGCUCUACUCUAGGAAAGUAAAUAAUAUUAUUAAACUAUCCUCGACGCAGCUCAAGGACAUCAAAGUCUCAAUUGGAAUAACACAAGUUAUGAUUUUAUUUGUUCAAAUAUAAACACAAACAAAUGUGUACACGUUUUUGCUAUUUAUGAAAAUAUUUUCACACUCCGCUGCAACCACUAUCAAUUUUUAAGACAAUUCUUCAGUAACCUGCAAAUGGUAACCACAUUGUAAACAUUUAAAAGAAAACAAACAGGAAGUGACGUGACAAAAUGUUGUAACGUCACAAAUUUGUACGAAAACUAUGACUAUUAAUAAACGUUAAAGCUAAAAUUGAGAUUCUUUAGCACUUCCAGUUACUGGCGACCCGUCGCCCACAUUUAUGAACGAGGUGUUACUUUUCUGACUGCAACUGAAAGGCGGGGACAUCUUAAGCAAUCACAACACAAAUAUAUUCUUAAAUAAAAAUACAAGACGUUAAGAUGUCCGUAAAAACAAA